AUGAUACUGUUGAGCGUCGAACAGGCGAUUGCACAGGGUUGGUAUAAACCCUGGCAGGCACAUGAUCCCAAGCUUCAGCAGGCUUAUCAACACAGAUUUGUUGAUUCGAUUCUCAAGGUUAUAGAGGCCGAGGAAUCUUCAGGACACCAAAUGUAUCCUCCAACUAACCCAUCGAGUCUUAUCUUCCAUCCCAGACCAAUCCUACUAUCGUCACCGAGCAACGCCGCAGGCGGAGAUGGAAGAACUUUCGACUCUCUCUAUGACCCUCAGGAUCCAAGAUACGGAGAUGUGCACUUUUACAAAUAUGAUGGAGAUCUGUGGUCAGAAACCAUCUACCCUGUGUCUCGCAUGACUACGGAGUUCGGAAUUCAGUCACUUCCCAAUCCACUAGCCUGGAGACGUUCGAUUCCCAAGGUGCAGCAUACCGACCCAAGUCGGUGGUUGCCACAUGGCCACCUGGUUGAUCACAGAGAGCAUCAAGAUAACGGGCUUAACAAUAUGUACCUCCCAGCCUACCGGGUGAUCGGCCGACCCUUGCCGGUCCAUAAUCCGGUAGAGAACUACACUCGGUAA